AUGCAGCCAUCAUUGCUUUCCCCUGUUCCUUUCACUCUCCUCCUCCUCCUCCUUCUCAUCUUUCCCCAAUGCAUCAUCUCCCUCACAACAGACGGCCUAGCGCUGCUCGCACUCAAAGCCGCAAUCACUUCCGACCCGACCCGUUCCCUCUCCACCUGGUCCGAAUCCGACCCGACCCCUUGCCACUGGCGCGGCGUCGUCUGCAACAUUGACCGCCGCGUCACUUCCCUCUCCUUACCGGACAAGCAGCUCGCCGGGUACAUCCCUUCCGAGCUCGGCCUCCUCGAUUCCCUCACCCGCCUCACCCUCUUCGGCAACGAUUUCGCCGGGUUCAUCCCUUCCCCGCUCUUCAACGCCGCCGCGCUCCGCUACCUCGAUUUGUCCCGCAACCGCCUCUCGGGCCCCGUCCCUCCCCGAAUCGGGUCGCUCCAGUUGCUCGCCCAUCUCGAUCUGUCCUCCAAUCGGCUCAACGGCUCCCUCCCGGAGUCCCUCAUCGAGCUCAGGAGCCUGUCGGGUACGCUCAAUCUGUCGUUCAAUUCGUUCUCCGGCGAGAUUCCCGAGUCCUACGGCCGGUUCCCGGUUCGGGUCAGCUUGGAUUUGAGGCACAAUAAUCUGACCGGGAAGGUCCCGUUGGUCGGGUCGCUCGUGAACCAGGGGCCCACUGCCUUUUCGGGUAACCCGACCCUCUGCGGGUUCCCGCUCCAAACUCCCUGCCCCGAAGCUGUCAACAUCCCCGACCCGGAAACCCGCCGUCGAGAUCCCGACGGCGGCAACAACAGCCGCCUCCAAAGCGGCGGCGGCGCGGAGAAAUCAAAGGCGAGCAGCGGCUUCGUCACCGUCCCGCUGAUUUCAGGGGUCACGGUGGUGAUCGGCGCGAUCACGGUGUCCGCGUGGCUGGUGCGGAAGAAAAUUGUGGGGACUGAGAAGGGCAAAAUGGGGAAAGUCGAUGAAGAAAGCAAUCGCCACCACAAGGAAACAAACGGCAGCGGUUCAAACGGCGCCGUUUGUACGGACAUCGUGGAGGAGGAAGGGCAGAAGGGUAAAUUCGUGGUGAUGGACGAAGGGUUUAAUUUGGAAUUGGAAGAUCUGCUGAGGGCGUCGGCUUACGUGGCCGGGAAGGGGAGGAGCGGGAUACUGUACAAAGUGGUGGUAGGAGGGAGAGGCGGAGCGGGGGCGGUGGUCGCCGUGAGAAGGCUGACCGAAAGCAGCGACGGCGGCGGCGGCGGGUGGCGGCUGAAGGAGUUCGAAUCGGAAGUGGAGGCGAUCGGGAAGGUCCAGCAUCCCAACAUCGUACGGCUGAGGGCGUAUUACUAUGCCAGCGAUGAGAAAUUGGUGGUCUCUGAUUUCAUCCGCAACGGAAGCCUCUACGCCGCGCUGCAUGGUGGGCCUGGGAAUCUUCAGCCACCACUUCCAUGGGCAGCAAGGCUAAGAAUCGCACAAGGAACAGCUCGGGGGUUAAUGUACAUACACGAGUACAGCCCGCGGAAAAGCAUUCAUGGCAACAUGAAGUCUACAAAAAUCCUCCUAGAUGAAGAGCUCCAGCCUUACAUCUCCGGCUUCGGAAUCACACGCCUGGUUUCUUCUGCCUCUAAGCUCACAACUUCAGCAUCCAAGAAGCAGUAUCUCAAUAACCAGACGACGAUCAUGACCUCCAAACUUGGGUCAAUCAUUCCACCACCCUCCAACGCCUACCUGGCACCAGAGGCCCGAGCAUAUGGAGCCAAGCUGAGCCAGAAGUCCGAUGUCUAUGCAUUUGGGAUCGUGUUGAUGGAGCUUCUCACAGGCCAGCUGCCUGAUGCAGGACCGGAGAACGAUGGCAAGGGAUUGGAGAGUUUGGUGAGGAAAGCGUUCCGAGAGGAAGGGUCCCUGUCUGAGAUUGUCGACCCUAAGCUGCUCGGCGAGGUGGAUAACAGGACGCAAGUUCUCGCAGUGUUCCAUAUUGCGUUGAACUGUACCGAAUUGGACCCUGAGCUGCGUCCGAGGAUGAAGUUUGUGUCCGAGAGCCUGGACCGAAUCAAAACUGCGGUGAAGUAG